AUGAAGACAGAGAGGACUUUUGAGGGGCUUCUGGAGAGUUUUCUGUCUCCAGAAAUCAUAGAACAUCUCAAGCUGGAAGGGACCCAUAAGAAUUUGAGUGGGUUUUUUAUUGUUGUCUUUUCUUACUCGUUUCAGACAGUGUUUGUUGGAAAGAAUAAGCCGCAGAAAGAUCCCCUGAGCUCCUUCCGCUGGCAGGGCUUCAAGCUGGAGGAGUAUCUCAUCGGCCAACCCAUCGGGAAGGGCUGCAGUGCUGCUGUGUACGAAGCAGCUAUUCCUUUCUCUCGCGACCGCCGGGGGUGUGUGGAGAGCAGCCAUCUCUUGGGGCAGGGGCCAGCCCUGCAGCGGGAUCGUGGCUUGGCUUUACAAGUGGCUGAAGAGGAGCCCGUAGAGAAGCACCAACCAAAAGAGGCUUUUCCGUUAGCUAUCAAAAUGAUGUGGAACAUUUCGGCAGGUUCAUCAAGUGAAGCCAUCCUCGAUGCCAUGGGCCGAGAGCUUGUUCCAGCCACAGGGGUGGCCUUGGCCGGAGAGUACGGAGCCGCCGCUGGCCGCAGAAAACCUGUCAUUGGGAGGAAGAAGUUGCAACCUCAUCCGAAUAUAAUCCAGGUGAUCCGAGCGUUCACAUCCUCUGUCCCUUUGCUGCCUGGAGCCUUUGCAGACUAUCCCGAUGUUCUUCCAUUAAGCCUGAAUCCCAGAGGGAUCGGUCACAGCCGCACGCUCUUCUUGGUGAUGAAGAAUUACCCGUGCACGCUGCGCCAGUAUCUGAGGGAGAGCAGUCCGGAUGUUUGUCUCUCCACGAUGAUGAUUUUACAGCUCUUGGAAGGCGUGGACCAUCUUGUUCGACAUGGAAUAGCACACAGAGACCUGAAGUCUGACAACAUCCUGGUUGAAUUUGAUUCUGCUGGUUGCCCCUGGCUGGUGAUCACGGACUUCGGCUGCUGUUUGGCAGAUGAAAACAUUGGUUUGAGACUGCCUUUCACCAGCUCCUACGUGGAUCGGGGCGGCAACGGCUGUCUUAUGGCACCCGAGGUGAUCACGGCGUCACCUGGCCCAGGCACGGUGAUUGACUACAGUAAAGCCGAUGCGUGGGCUGUUGGAGCAAUCGCCUAUGAAAUCCUUGGCCUGGCCAAUCCUUUCUAUGGCCAUGGGGACUCGACUCUGGAAAGCAGAAGUUACUGUGAAGACGAGCUGCCAGGCCUGCCCGAUCGUGUGCCCCGUGAGGUGAAGCAAGUGAUAAAGAUGCUACUCCAGAGGGAUCCCAACAAGAGAUUGUCUGCUAGAAUUGCUGCUAACGUGCUUCACCUAAGCCUCUGGGGUGAAAGUGUUCUAGCGUCCAAGGCUCUGAAACCCGACCAGAUGAUUGCCUGGCUGCUCUGCCAGUCUGCAGCCGCUUUGCUCAUGAAUGGACUGGUGGAUAAAAGCCGGGUAGAAACCAAAAUGAAGAUGUGCUUUUUGGCAAACCUUGAGUAUGAAGACCUCUGGGCAGCAAUAUUCCUGUUGCUGGCCUGGAGAAGCCGGUCUGAGUGAAGAGUGCCAUCUGGGACAGGACCGUGCGAUAGAUAAACGUCACUUUCUAAAGGCACAUAGGAAUUUGUUUUUUCUGUCUGCCUGGAAUCAUGUAGUGCUUUAGGGAACAAAGCUGCAGGCCUGUGUUUAGGACGUUGAGUUUAUCUCUAGCAAGUAUUAGUACACACUGCUUUUCUCUUCCUGCUAGAGGAAAUGCCCUUGCUUUAUUACUCUCUUGGUGUGAGGGUGUGCGGACCUUGCAGGUGUCCUGAGGUGCGUGGUUGGUUUUACUCACAUUUGGGAAUUCUUAAUUCACUUUUAAGUUGUGUGUUGAAUGAAGCCAGUUCCCUUUCAGAAGAGGGGGUGUGUGGGAGGAAGCACUUGUUUAGCUGCUUUUUACACAGAAGUGUCAUGGAUUUAAACCAUACACUGAGAAAGCCGACCUGACAAAGGGACAGCAAUCUUUCUUUUAUUAGGGAAACCAGCAGUGGUCUUAAGAGGAUAUUCCUCUGCAGCCACAGACAGAUCUUGCUAUAAAAUGACAGCCUGGAAGCCUCCGAGUGAGGUGCUGCCUGGUAACAUGAGCAUCAGGAGCUGCUCGCUUCUUAGGAUAACGCACCAUCAAAUACCUCGCUAGUUGUACGCAAAAUAGUGGAAGUACUUUGAACCCAAACCCACUUACAUUUGUUUCUUGACUGUUGUAGCUGUUCAGUGACUGCUGCCGUGGGGUCCAAGGCUGAGUGAAACUGUGUCUAGUUAAGGAUAACACUGCAAACGAAAUGGGGCUGAGCAGCAGUGCCUGCUUAAAGAGUUUAGUGAUGCUCUUCUGCUUUACUGACCUGUUUUAUUCUGUUGAGCGAUGAACUAAUAUUCUUUGGUCAGGGAGAAUAGAAGACGUCGAUGUUUGAACAACAACAGUCAUGUUUAUGAAAACAUCAGUUGAUUUUGUGUCUGUUAAUUGUGUUUAGAGGAACUUGGGGAGAAGGUUAUUUAUGCUUGUUGCACAAUAAAUUGAAGAUUAAGCUCUGC